AUGACAGGAGAAAUGAUGGAUGGAGUAUUAGAGGGCUAUUGUCAAAUUUUUGAGCCUGACAAAGGCCUUGUUUUUGAAGGCAACUGGUCCAAUAACAUGCGCUGCGGAACCUGUGUGGAAUACGACUACGAGUGCGUAUCCUUCCAGGGAAAUUAUCGGAAUGAUAAGAGAAACGGCUAUGGCUGGGAGUAUGAUCAAGACGAGCUCCAACGCGAGGGAGUGUGGAUCGACGGCGUGUACCAGCAAGCCUACCGCAUUGUGUGGGAGGAAAACUUCGUAGGGGUCGGUCUGGGCAUGCACAUCACGCUCACCGACAAUGACACACACAUCACGACGGUCCGCUGGGAGGACGGCAAAUGCAACGGCCGCGCCCUGACCUACAGCAAGAACGAGAACCGCGUGAUCCAGGAGCGCGUGUACAUGCACGGCGACGACAUCGAUGUGGUUCCCAUCUCCCAGCCCGCCGCGAGGCGCGGCGUUCUGAAGUUCCCGAACGGCUCCACCUGGGAAGGCGACAUCUCGCUGGAUGCGGCGUGCGGCGAGGGCUCUCUCUUCUCCCCCGAGGGCACGCUGCUCUACCGCGGAGGCAUGUUCCGCAACCGGCGUUUUGGCCGCGGCACGAGCUUCCACCCGAACGGCCAGCCGGCGUUCGAGGGCCUGUGGAGCGAGGACGUGCGCAUGGGGGACGGGCGGUCGUUCACGGAGCGCGGCGAGGUGGAGAAGGAGGGCGUGUGGGUGGACGACGCGUUCGCGGAGCGCGUGCUGGACGUGCCCAGCGGAACUGACGCGGUGCGCUGCACCGUGCUGCUGCGCGAGCUCUCCGUCGGAGACAACGCGCUGAACGAGGUGGUGGAGCUGGACUUCCGGCGCUUCGCGCUGCUGGAGCGCGUGCGGAUCGGCGCGAACAGCCUGAAGGAGCUGGGCGAGCUGAACUUCAGCAACCUGCAGCGGCUGCGCAGCGUGGAGAUCGGCGAGGACGCCUGCACGCUGUGCGCGCGGCUGAUCUCCCCGCUGCACGCGCCGAAGGAGCGGCAGGACCUGCAGGCGAAGUCGCUGUCGCUGAACGAGGGCAGGGUGCGCGAGGAGAUGAAGCGGAUGGUGAUCGCGAACUGCCCCGCGCUGGAGAGCGUGGUGCUGGAGCGGAACGCGUGCUCGGACUUCUUGAACUGCACGAUCGAAGGUGGGCGCGGAGAGAGCGCGUGA